GGACGGGAGGGAGGAAGAGGAGGAGUUCUGCUGCUGAAUGAACUGGUUGUUGGAGUGAAGAACAGGAGCUGCUCAGAGAACUGAGGUUCUCCUCCUGCUGCUGGUUUCAUCAGGUUCCUCUGCUGCUUCCUCAGCAUGAUGAGUGACGGCCGACUGUCUGCAGCCGCUCCCUCCGUCUGUGAGGUAACAGCGCCACCAUCAGGACGCGUUUUCCUCAGCAGCGAACCUCCAGCCUUCGUCCUGCCUCCUCUCAACGUCAGGGUCAGCCUGGGGGGAGACGCCCGCCUGGAGGGCAAGGUGCAAGGUCAUCCUGAGCCACAGGUCACAUGGUACAGAGACGGAGAGGCGGUGAUUGGCGGAGAGCGCUACACGGUGGAGCGAGGUGGGCGUGGCACCUUCAGUCUGUUGGUGGGCGGAGUCACAGAGGAGGACCUGGGCUGCUACACCUGUCAGGCCACCAAUCAGGCGGGGAGCCGGCAGGCUACCGUGGAGAUCCUCCUGGAAGAAAACUAUGGGAAUAAAUACAUCCUGCCGUCCUGGAAGAGAUCCGGGUGCCGCUCCUCCAUCCCAGCACCGGAGAACCCGACCAGCAUCUGGAGCGAGAGUCCACCAAAGUUCAUCUCCAAGCCCAGCCGAGUGUUGGUCAGGCUGGGACAGAGCGGGAAGUUCUCCACCAAAGCCACAGGACGGCCACGGCCGCAGGUCACAUGGUACAAGGGGAAGAUGGAGAUUCAUCCCUGCGGUCGGAUCAGCGCGUACGAGCUGUCUGGCCGCCACUUCCUGGAGAUAAAGGAAGUCCAGGUGGAGGAUGCAGGAAGUUACACGUGUUCAGUCACCAACAGCGCCGGAACGGCCACCGCCAGCGCUGAGCUGAUAGUUCAGGGUGUUCCUGAAGCCUCGUCCAGCCUUCAUCCACCUGAGGAACCACCAGCCGGGAACCUGACGGAGGCCAGCGUUGCUCACAGGCCCAGCAGGUCUUCUGCAGAGCAGCAGCAGCAGGAUGGACAAACCGGGAGGAGAAAACCUCCUGCAGAGCGCCCUCGUGUGGCUGGAAGGAGUACUGCUGCUUCUCAGGUGCAGUCCGUCAGAGCUGAUCCAGUUCAGACCGGUUUAAUCCAGCUGCCGCCAGCUUCAUCAGGCUGCAACAGAGCUUUGAGGAGAUCCACCUCAGGUUCUGGGUUGCGGUUUGAAGCGGUUCCUUUGGACCAGGAGGCCACAGAGGGAUCACAGGUCUCAUUCACCUGCCAAGUCUCCUCUGAUGCUGACGCCAUGGUGACCUGGCUCAGAGACGGGAAGCCCUUGAAGACAGGACCGGGACUUCAGCAGAGACGGGACGGGACUCGUCUGAUUCUCACCAUGGACAGGGUGACGCAGGCGGACGACGGGACGUUCGGCUGUCAGCUGAUCACUCCAGAGGGACUCACGGUGGCCUCAGCAACAUGGAUGCUGCGCGUCAGCCGUGCGCCCAGGUCUCCAGUGUUCCUCCGCCUGCUGCAGGACUGCAGCGUAUCGGAGGGUCAGCCCAUCAGCCUGCAGGCCUGUGUGGAGGGGAAACCGGCCCCGAGCGUCAGCUGGCAGGUCAAUGGCCGUCCUCUUCCUCCUAGGACUUGGACCUCACAUGCUGGGGGUGUGACUGAGCUGGUGAUCCAGAACGCUUCCUGCCAUGAUGACGGUGUGUACACAUGUGUGGCGAAGAACAUCCAUGGCCAGGCAGAGAGCCACGCCCGGGUCCAGGUCAAAGGCGUGCUGCAGUCACAGAGGUCAGAGGUCGCAACAGCAGGUCGGGCUCCUCGCUUCACUGUCCCGCUGAGCGACCUGAAGGUGAUGGACGGCAGCAGAGUCUCCAUGACGGUGGAGCUGAGCGGUGAGCCCCCGCCUCUCGUUAUGUGGCUCCACAAUGGACAGGAGGUCUCUGAGUCGGAGGACUUCCACCUCCUCAGGGAGGAGAACCGCCACACUCUGCUGAUCCAGGAGGUUUUCCCAGAAGACACUGGGACCUACAGCUGCCGGGCCUGGAACCAGUACGGAGAGGACCGGACCCAGGCUCGGCUCAUCGUGGAAGAGCCUCAAGACGGCGUCCAGCCCUGGUUCAUCACAAAACCCAAACCGGUCAGCGCCGUCACGGGUCAGCACGUCCUGCUGUCCUGUGCCGUCGCCGGAGACCCGUUUCCACAUUACACAUGGACCAGAGCCGACCAGAACCGAGCGCUGAGCUCCGGGGGGGACUACGAGCUGCUGCAGAAGGAGGACGUCGUCUCGCUGCUCAUCAGACGGGUCCGAAAGCAUCACGCAGGAGACUACCUGAUCCGCCUGAGGAAUAAAGUGGGAGAGUGCAGCGCUGUGGCCCAGCUGUCCGUCACUGAAGGAGGACGAGGAGGAGGAGGAGGAGACAGGAGAGCUGCAGCAGCAGAAGGAAGUCCAGGAGAAGGAUCAGCUGGAGCUGCCUCGCUGAGAGGAGGUGACAGAGGAGGAGGAGGAGGAGGAGGAGGUGAAGGCAGCAGGGUCAGUCUGCAGAGGCAGGAGGCUGGUGAGGACCUCCACCUAGAGGAGCAGGAGAAGAAGGAGGAGGGUCUCCAGGCUGCUCCCCGAGGACUCCUCAAACGCUGCGUGGAAACGAGGGAGCGCGGCGAAGAGGAGCUCCGACAGAGGGAGGCGCAGCAGCUGGACUUUCGGUCGCUGCUGGGACGCCGAGAACUCCCGAGCAGCCGAGCCGACGCCGACCCCAACGCCCAGCAGAUGGAUUUUAAGGCCAACCUCAGGGGCGUCAAAGGCAAGGCGGAGGAGAAGGCCAACUCCCCGCAGCAGGUGGACUUCAGGAGCGUGUUGGGGAAGAAGGGCGCCGCCGGCGGCAACGGGGGCAAGCCGGCCGAGGCGCCGUCCAAGAGCCCGGCCGACUUCCGCUCCGUCCUCGCCAACAAGAAGAAGACGGCGAGCCCCGAGAAGAACGGAGAGAGCGAGAAGGUGAACAACUGCGUGGAUGGAAGCGUUCACGGCCAGAAGAGCGAGGCAGGAGGAGGAGGAGGAGGAGGAGGAGGGCUGGUCCCAGAGUUCGUGGAGAAGCUGAAGGACGUGACGGUGCUGGAUGGUCAGCGGCUCCGGCUGGAGUGCCGCCUGGCCUCCGCCGCCGCCGCUGACGUCUCCGUCACCUGGACGCUGGACGGGAAGACCAUCAAACCGUCCAAGUUCAUCAUCCUCGCCAACCAAGGUGGCCUCUGCUCUCUGACCAUCGACAAAGCUCUGCCGGAGGACGAAGGCCAGUACAAAUGCCGGGCUGAGAACUCUGCAGGCAGAGCAGAGUGUUCCUGCACGGUUCUAGUCGACGAUCCGCCAGAAAACUCUCCGUCCGACAAGAAGUCUAAGAAGGGAGCUCCGACCUCAGAGAGCGAAGCCAGGAUAAAGAAGCCAACUCCAAAGACUCCUCCCAAACAAGCUCUGCCUCCUCAGAUCCUCCAGUUCCCAGAAGACAUGAAGAUCCUCGCAGGAGAGAAGGUGGACAUCCUCUGCAAGUUCUCUGGAGCUCCGCCCAUCACCUGCACCUGGCUGAAGUUCAGGAAACCGAUCCAGGAGGGCUCCUCGGACAUCUCCAUAGAGAGCACAGACAGCAGCAGCAAGCUGACCAUCAGCAGCGGGCAGCAGGAGCACUGCGGCUGCUACACCAUCGAGCUGAGGAACGGCUACGGCCUCCGGCAGGCUGCCCUCAACCUCACCAUCGUGGAUAAACCCGACCCCCCGGCGAAGGUCCCCGCAGCCUCGGACAUCCGGCGCUCCAGCCUGACGCUGUCGUGGUACGGGCCGACCUACGACGGAGGCAGCGCCGUGCAGACCUACCACCUGGAGAUCUGGGACUCUGUGGACAAGCAGUGGAAAGAGCUGGUGUCCUGCAACAGCACCUCCUACAACGUCCAGAACCUCCUUCCGGAACGACAGUACAAGUUCCGGGUCCGAGCUCAGAACAUUUACGGCAUCGGAGAGCCGAGCGCCGAGUCUGAAGCUGUGACAGUGGGACUGGUGGACGACGAGAACCUGGAUGAUGCUGAGGCAGAGGAUGAGGAUGAAGAAAAAGAGCCAGAUUACAGAAACGUGACGAUCAGAACCGACGUGAAGGUGAAGGAGCUGUACGACGUGGAGGAGAGGCUGGGAACGGGGAAGUUCGGUCAGGUCUUCAAGCUGGUGGAGAAAGCUACGAAGAAGGUCUGGGCUGGGAAGUUUAUCAAAGCGUACUCGGCCAAGGAGAAAGAGAACGUGCGACAGGAGAUCUGCAUCAUGAACAGCCUCCAUCACCCCAAACUGGUCCAGUGCAUUGACGCCUUCGAGGGCAAGUCGGACAUCGUCAUGGUCCUGGAGAUGAUCUCAGGCGGCGAGCUGUUUGAGCGGAUCAUCGACGAGGACUUUGAGCUGACGGAGAGGGAGGUCAUUAAAUACAUGCUGCAGAUCAUCGACGGCGUCAACUUCAUCCACAAACAGGGGAUCGUCCACCUCGACCUCAAACCCGAGAACAUCAUGUGUGUCAACAAGACCGGCAGCAAAAUCAAACUCAUCGACUUCGGCCUCGCCCGCCGGCUGGAAAACGCUGGGACCCUGAAGGUUCUGUUCGGGACUCCAGAGUUUGUGGCUCCUGAAGUGAUCAAUUACGAAGCCAUUAGUUACCCCACAGACAUGUGGAGCAUAGGAGUCAUCUGUUACAUCCUGCUGAGCGGUCUGUCUCCAUUCAUGGGCGACAACGACAAUGAGACCCUGGCCAACGUCACCUCCGCCACCUGGGACUUUGAGGACGAGGCCUUUGAUGAAAUCUCGGAGAAUGCCAAAGACUUUAUCACCAACCUGCUGAAAAAAGACAUGAAGGCUCGGUUGACCUGCCCUCAGUGUUUUGAACACCCUUGGCUCAAGCAAGACACCAAUACCAUGAAGACCACCAAGCUGUCCAAGGAGAGGAUGAAGAAGUACAUCCUGAGGAGGAAGUGGCAGAAAACGGGUCACGCUGUUCGAGCUAUUGGCAGACUCUCCUCCAUGGCCAUGAUGGCUGGUGUUAGUGCCAAGAAGGGUUCGCCCACCGAAGAGGAUAAUCAGUUCCUGGAGUGUUUGGAGUACGAACAGAAGACAGAGAGCAAACCCACCUUCAGUGCAGUCAUCAAAGACGUGGAGGUGGUGGAAGGCAGCGCCGCUCGCUUCGACUGCAAGAUUGAAGGAUACCCUGACCCCGAGGUGGUUUGGUACAAAGACGACCAGCCGAUCAAAGAGACCCGACACUUCCAGAUCGACUACGACGAAGAAGGAAACUGCAGUCUGAUCAUUUCAGAGGUUUCAGGUGACGAUGACGCCAAGUACACGGUGAAGGCUGUCAACAGUCUCGGCGAGGCGACGUGUACAGCAGAGCUGCUGGUGGAGGUGAUGGCUGGAGAGGAGGAGGAAGAGGAGGAGGAGGAGGAGGAGGAGGAAUAAGGAUUCCUGUCGGAGGUUCAGGAGGCCUGCUGCUCCUCAGCCUGUCAGACCUGAGCAGGAGAAAAUUUACCCACAGUAAUAGUUUGGGGUUGGAGGUACAGGUGGGCGGAGUUUCUCAUACCUGAAUCUGAGCAUGUGCAGAGCUGCAGCUGGAGCUGAUUGAUCAGUAGCUGAGUUUGUGGCGUGAUUAUCUGAAGCACAACGAGCCCCAGUUCUCUGAACAGUGGCGGCUACGGUACUGAAUCCACAGACUCAGGACGCCUGUGUCACUGCAGGCGUGACACAGGCGUCAGGUAAACAGGUAA